AUGCAUCUCCGCCCUGCAAAGCCGUCCGAUGAACCAGCCAUCGUCGACAUCUGUGCCCGCGCCUUCAUGGAAGAAGACCUCUUCGGCCGAGUAAUCCACCCCCACCGAGCCCAGUAUCCCAACGACGUAAAGAUGUUCUGGCACGAAUGGGUACGCAACGACUGGUCUAACCCACGAAACAAAGUCAUCGUCGCCGUCUCAACGGCAGAUCAUCAGCAAGAGAGUGUCAUCGGCGCAGCAAUCUGGCAACGCCAAGGCGACGACGCAGGCGCGCAAAGAAUCAUCGCAGGAUGGACUGAUCCUGGUACAUUUCCCGUCCUGCCUUCAACGCACAACCGUGCCGCAGACUCCUCAAAGAAGGAGAUUCUAGUCCACGCCGCGCCAUUUACUAAGCACUACUGGUCUGGGCCGUGUGCGACCAAUUGGUACCUGUCGCUCUGCUGCGUGGAUCCUGAUGUUAAGGGCCGUGGGGCCGGACGGCUGCUAGUGCGGUGGGGGCUGGACCGUGCCGAGGAAGAGGGUAUCAGGGCAAGCGUGAUGGCUAGUGAGGGCUCGGAUGGGUUUUAUUUGAAAUGUGGGUUUGAUGAGGUCGUUGGGAAUGCAAGCGAAGGAGAGGGUAAUCCAUUGCGGAAGGAGGGUGUGAAGGGUGGUAAGAUAUUGUUCAUGUGGGUCAAGAAUGGUAAGGCUAUCGAGGGGGCAGCUGUGUAG